UACAAUCUAAACGUCAAAAGUUGUGAAAGAAUUUGCAGCGUAGUGAUCGUUUUAUUUCAAUAUUUCGAUUUUUCGUCACGAAAUAGCAAUUGUGAACAGUGAUUGGAGUUCUGAUACGGAAUUUUACACUGCAGUGCACUGUUAGCUGCUUAGUUGAGGAGAACCAGCAUUUACAAUGUAAAUGCGUAGGACAAUGAAAACACCAACGCAUCGGAUCGACAUCGAAUCUUGAUAACGAGUAGGGGGCCAAUUUGUGAUUUUUCUCUCCAUUCACUUGUUUUUCACCUUCUUACGGGCAGCCGAUGUGCACCAUCCACCGUAGUGGAGUGGUGUAUACAUAACGCUGGAUAAUCGGUGCGGCGCAUUUCCGUGGUAACGGGGAGUUGGUUUGCUUCACAGGAUGAUGGAUCUGGUGGACAUCGAUAAAGUGCUAGACGAUUUAGAGCUAAAUGAGGAUAACAAUUACCGAACUGCCGUGCCCGUGUUUGCUAGUGGGGCACACGCAGGAGAAGCAACUGCCGCAGCCACAACAUCAAUCAAACCAUCAAAACAACCUGCAACCCGGUCGAAAAUAAUUCCUCCCCCUCUAGUACCGACACAAGAGAAUGGCACCGGAAACAUUGCGAUACCAGGAACCAGCAACGGAACGGACAAAGCAAAGCAAAAAACCAACAUCUCAACCGUUUUUUCCAGUCUGAACGAGUACGUAAAUGCUAGCACCGAUCUGAGUGAAAAGCUCCUCCAACAAGCCGAGAUUCCAUCAAUAGCAGCUGCAUGUAACGAAAAAAACGGUGACCCCGAAAUCGGCAACAGCGGGGACAAUAAACCCCUUCUUUCGCCGUCCACUUCAUCGAUUUCAACCGAAUCUCAACUGUCUUCAUCACUCGAAGCUCCUGGCUUAUCCUCGGCAUCGUCGAACAGUUCCGAGCCGGAGCAAAAUCGACGUAGACGUAGAAGCAGUUGUAGCAGCAAAAGUAACAGUAGCAGCAACAACAGCAGUCACAGUUCCAGCUCGUCGACGUCUACCAGCGACGGAGAGGGAGAUGAUGGCCAAAGGCACGAAAGAUUGACCGAAGGAUUGUCACUCAGUGGGGGCGAUUAUAUAUUAGAACUGUCGGACAAUACUACCGUGGAAACGUCCAACCGAGAUGAACAGGAAAGUCAAGUGGCACAGGCCAAACAGAUCGGUAUCGGCGAGCAGCAAGAUACAUCGGCGUUUUCCUACAAAAACAGUUUGUAUUCGGAUACGCUUAGCAAUGACGUCAUAAAUUUAGAAGGUAUCUCCUCAAUAUCGUCUAUAGUGGCAGUCGACUUGACUAGCGCCGGGCAAGCAGAAAAGCCGCUGGAGGAAGUUUCUUUGCCAGGUGCAGAUCGGGAUAAUCGGAAAGAGGAUGGCGUUUUGGCGAAACCGGAGGUUACGGAAGAGGAAAAAACCGAAGUGAAGAAAGUGGUAGGAUUUGAGUCCACAAUGGAUGACGUUUCAGACACGGAAUUGGAAAGCUAUCUGCAGGAAUUGGAGGAAUAUGACAUACAACAGACCAUCGCACCUGGACUGAACAUGAUUUCGACGGCGGUAACAUUAGAAGAGGAACCGGUACCAGUGGAAGUUAAAGAACUGAUAGAAGAGAAAGAUAAAAAAGAUGCAAUCAGUAUUGGGAGUCAUAACAGCAUCGAUACCAGAAGUGACGAAAGCAUCCCGGAAUCCGCCAGAGAAGAAAAUGAUGAAGAUUUAAUUUCCCAGGCUUCAACACUCGAGUUCAACGAGCUGGCAGCCAUGACGGCUGCUGCAGAUGGUACCAAUAUUGCGCAGACAACUGAGGCGGAUCCUGUACUCGAAAACGAUGUUCCCGAGUUCAACCACGAUCCGAUAGAUGACGGUAGUGAGAUCAGAUUUAUCGAUUGUACCGAUACGGAGUCAGCUGUAGUGCGAGAAGAUCUGCCUAUGCUGGAAGAAGCAAGAGCAGGAGCUGACAGUGAUGCAGCGGAAAUCGAAGAACCUGAUCUACGAUGUGCCGAAUCUGGAAGGACACCUCUAACAAGGCCAAAUUCGCUAGAGCUUCCGUCCCAGGUACCCAUUAGCUGUACCGAGAAACAAAGUUCUCCAGGUCACACACCACCGUCAUCACUGUCUCAUGGAAUUGAUUCGGAUCAAGGUCUUACCCUUUCCUCAACCAGUUCGGACGAUUUUGCACCUUCCAUAGUUCCUCCUCCGACAGCAUCGGCUCCUCCGACCGAAGCCAGUGAAGGCCUUCUACAUCCAACACCAGUUGGUACUGGUCAGCCAACUAACAAUCGUCCAGUGGCCGUUCUCAGCAGUGCCCAGGCUCAACUGGGUAAAGUACCUCCCUUCUGGAUCCCGGAUAACUCCACAAACUUUUGCAUGCAGUGCAAUCAAAAGUUUUCUCUAAUCAAGCGCCGCCAUCACUGCCGUGCGUGCGGUCAGCUACUUUGCUCCGCUUGCUGCUGCCUAAAGGCCAAACUAGAGUACCUCGAAAACGUUGAAGCGCGUAUCUGCAUUGCCUGUGACAUAAUUCUCAACCAGCAGCAGCAAGCACUCGAAGAAGCCCAGUACGGAUCACAGUUUGCCGUAGCUGCCGGUGCCUCUGGCACCGCUGCGUCAAGCCGGCAACCGAAUCCGAACAAUCCGAUGGAGUACUGCUCGACGGUACCGCCGUUCCAGCAGGCCAACAGCCAGCCCCAAUCACCUAUCUCCGUUAUGGUUCCGGUGGGAGUGUUGAAACGUGCCGGUGCACCCCGCUCGGGCCGUAAGGAGAAAACGGUUAUUUUUAGCGACGGCAUCCGACCGGGUUGUGAUUUGACCGAGCUGGACGAGAACUGGGACGCACAGCCGAGAGCAGCGCCAGCGCUGCCGGAUGGGGACAAGCGGAAAGGGCGCGUUCAGACACCGGUUUGUGAAAACACCCCGCCAAUCGUUACCGCCCCGCCCUCAUUGAUCCCCCCGGAGGAGAACAAGCUGCCACCGGUCGUGAAACAGAUCAACAAAACCGAAACCAAGCACAUCGAGCUGGAAAACGAUGCGAACCUGAUUGCAAGUUUGCGCGACGGGACGCUUACCUUUGCACUGCAGCGCAACUUCCACGUGCUGGUAACGAUCGUGGACCUGUCCUGUUGCAUUAACAAGACGGUUAUCAAUUUUACCACCCGCGGAAUGCACUACGUCGGUCAAGAUGAAAUCGUUAUUCUGCUCGAGCUGGGUGACACCAAGCGGCUGCCGAAGGAUAUUUUCGUGCAUUUGAACGAUAUUUUUUGCGAUGCAGAUCGUGGCGACACCAUCGCGGAACUGGGAUUUAGCCCGCCAAAGAGUAGCAACUUUUUGGGCAGUAAAUACCACGGUGGUUUCCUGUACGUAAGGCCCACCUAUCAGUGUAUGCAGAAUGUGAUAGUACCGGACUCGCCGUACCUGGUGGGUGUGUUAAUUCACCGGUGGGAGGUUCCGUGGGCAAAAAUCUUACCCCUUCGCCUAAUGCUCCGACUAGGGGCCCUCUAUCGGUACUAUCCCAGCCCUCAUGUUAGCGUGUGCGAGCGCGAUUCGGUUUACGUGGAAAUUGCACAGACCGUUAUUAAUCUGCUGGCCGACUUUAGGCAUUACUCGUACACAAUUCCGACCAUCCGCGGGAUGGUCAUUCACAUCGAAGAUCGAAAAACGAGCAUACUCAUCCCCCGGAACCGAUACGAACAGGUGAUGCAGGUGCUGAGUUCAACUAACGAUCAAAUUCUGGCAUUGGGCGGAAAUUUCAGCAGCGUAGCCGAUGGUCAUCUGGUAUGUAUACAGAACACGGAAUCAGGCUGCCCGGAGGCGAUGCAAUAUUCGACGCAAGCUAUCAACAUCGAGGGUCAACCGAGAAAGGUAACGGGAGCAAGCUUUCUGGUGUUGAACGGCAUUUUAAAAUCGACUAGUGGUUUGCUGGGAAAAUGCAGUAUUGUCGAGGACGGUUUAAUGGUUCAGGUGCCACCUGCAAAGAUGAGUACCAUUAAAGAGGCACUGAAAAAUAUGAAGGACUAUCGAAUCGUGUGUGGACCAACGGAGGGUGACGACAGUCAGAAGGAAAUCGUCAGCAUUGAGUGGACCGAAAAUGAUCUGAACUUCAAUAUCGGUGUGGUUUCCCCAAUCGACAAGAAACCCCUGAAUGGGGUUCCUAGUAUAAGAGUGCAUAGAGGUACUGAUUUUUCGAACGCCAAUCACAUUAUCCGCUGGACGGAGGUUUUCAUCAUUCAGGGCGACGAAGAAUCCAACCAUCCGGGUGAUCCCGUCAACAUGUCGAAAUUGUCUGAGCAGGUGGCUAAAAGCGCUUGUACUGCUCUGGUUGCCUUUCUAGAUCUGCUGGCAUCGAACGAGUUCCUUAAAAUUGGUCUUCGAAUAUAUCUGGACGCUGAGAAUGUUUCAUACGAAGCCGGCAGUCAAUUCAACAAGCUAGGUCCACUGUACAUGAAUGCAUUGGACAACGAGCUCAUCGGAACACUGAACCGACAGGCGAAUAGUCUACACUUGGACCAGCAAAUCAUUGUCGAAUUAAUCUUUCAUAUUCUGGAUAAAUAGGUGUACUAGCAGCUUGUUUCCAAUACACUAAUGUGAGAUAAUCGAUGUGGCUUAGAGACGAUGUAACGCUAUUAACAGUCCGCAUGUAAGUAGUCAUUCGGUACACGUUGGAAUAUUACGCUAAAAUACCAAUCGAGCGGUAGCCUCUGUUGAUAAAUAUAUUUACAAACGUUUGAGAUAAUAAGAUGAACGAAAAGUACUAAUUGGUUAAACUUAGGUAUAUUGUCAGGACUAAUUGUGAAUGGGGGUUAGCUUGAAUUUUAGACAUAGAAAUGUAAUGUUUUUGAAAAGCAUAGAACAGAAGAAAAAAAAGUAUGUCACAUUGUAUAAUAGUUGAUAUAUUAACGAAUAUUAUAGCUAUUAACCAACUUAUUAUAUUUAUAUUUUAUUUAGAAAUUUUAAAUAAAGGAAAGCCUCUGAUAGUAUUUA